UUCUGUGGUACCUCAUAUGGAUUGAUGUAAUUCUUGGAGUGUCCUUUAUCUGUAUUAGUUUCUAAACCUUGCGUUGUAGUUAUCAGACACGAGAAGGGACUUCACCAGACAGCGGUGUCCACAGGACGAAUGUAGGGAGUGCAUCUCUAUACAUAUUGGCCAAGCAGGAGUGCAGAUGGGCAAUGCCUGCUGGGAGCUUUACUGUUUAGAGCAUGGAAUCCAGCCAGAUGGGACUCUACCUAAGGAUGUCAGCAUUUCAGAUGCCUCUUUUGGUACUUUCUUCUUUGAAACUGGAGCAGGAAAACAUGUGCCACGAGCAGUGUUUGUUGACUUGGAACCAAGUGUAAUUGGAGAGAUCAGAACAGGACCGUACCGCACACUAUUUCAUCCAGAGCAGCUCAUAUCUGGGAAGGAAGAUGCUGCGAAUAACUAUGCCAGAGGUCACUAUACCAUUGGAAAGGAGAUUGUUGAUGGUGUACUAGACAGGUUACGGAAAAUGGCUGACCAGUGCUCUGGCCUUCAAGGGUUUCUAAUAUUUCACAGUUUUGGAGGAGGCACGGGCUCUGGCUUUACAUCACUGUUGAUGGAGCGUCUAUCUGUUGACUAUGGAAAGAAGUCAAAGCUUGAGUUCUCUGUUUAUCCUGCUCCACAAAUUUCCACCGCAGUAGUGGAACCUUACAACUCUAUUCUGACAACCCACACAACUUUGGAGCAUUCAGACUGUGCCUUUAUGGUGGACAAUGAGGCAAUAUAUGAUAUCUGUAACCGCAACUUGGACAUUGAGCGUCCAACUUAUACCAACCUGAAUCGACUAAUAGGGCAGAUAGUUUCCUCUAUUACAGCCUCUUUGAGGUUUGAUGGUGCGUUGAAUGUUGACUUAACAGAGUUCCAAACUAACUUGGUGCCCUAUCCUAGAAUACACUUCCCACUAGUAACUUACUCCCCAAUUAUAUCAGCAGAGAAGGCUUACCACGAACAACUGUCUGUCCCAGAGAUUACAAACGCUUGUUUUGAAUUCUCAAAUCAGAUGGUUAAAUGUGACCCCAGACGUGGUAAAUAUAUGGCCUGCUGCUUGUUAUACAGGGGUGAUGUGGUACCCAAAGAUGUAAAUGCCGCAAUAGCUGCUAUUAAAACCAGAAAGUCAAUCCAGUUUGUUGACUGGUGUCCUACUGGAUUUAAGGUGGGAAUAAACUACCAGCCUCCCACUGUAGUUCCAGGUGGGGACUUGGCUAAGGUUCAACGUGCAGUCUGUAUGCUGAGUAACACAACAGCAAUUGCAGAGGCCUGGGCCAGGCUGGACCAUAAAUUUGAUCUCAUGUAUUCUAAGAGGGCAUUUGUUCACUGGUACGUGGGAGAGGGAAUGGAGGAAGGAGAAUUCUCUGAAGCAAGAGAGGAUAUGGCUGCUCUAGAAAAGGACUAUGAAGAGGUGGGGACAGAGUCUGGUGGUGAUGAUGAAGAGGAGGAUGAAUACUGAAACUUGAUAUGCUAUGAAAACAUUUUCACAAACCAGGGUCUCAGAAUUAAAUCGUUAGCUAGGCAUUCUAAUGUUUUUUAAAGUCAAAGUUGUACUUGAAUAUUGAAAACCAGUUUGCCUAUAUGUAAUAUUUAAAGAUGUUGCUAAU